GUCCCAUUAUUCCACUCCUCUGCUCUUAGCGUGUUUUUCACUUUUUGUGCCAAAUUUUGCAUAAUCCUUUCACCUGCUUCCCCAAUCUGCAAUCACCAUACCAUUUCUUAGUAAAAUUUCUCUUUCUAGGGUUUCAUUUCUGCAGCUUUCAUCAACAACAAUGGAGGAGCAAGAAUCGACAGCUUCAACCGCCAUUAACGCCACCGACGUCAGGUUACUGAUGGAAAAAAUCGGCGAAUGUUUAGAUAAUUCGAAGUCCAGUGUAUUCGCCAUUCCUUCGGUUACCGAGAAAUGGAAUGCAUUGCAGAGUUCCUUCGCCAUAGUAGAAGCUUUCAUGGUGAGCCGUGAUAAGAAACUCGACUCAAAAGAGAGAGAAAUUAGAGACAGUGUUAGGAAAGUUAAUGGGUUGCAGGAGAAAGUGAAUUUGGAGCAAGACGAGUUGCAAUUCCGGGAGAAAGAGGUGGAGAAGAGAGAGAGUAGUGUAAAACAGAGCUACGAGGCGAUUGAGUUGAAGAAGAAUCAGAUAGUUGAGGAUAGGAAAGGGCUGGAGAAGAAGUUCAACGAGGUCGAGGCGAAGGAGAAGGAUAUUAAAGAGCGAUACAGAGUGUUUGAGAUGAGAGAGGAACAAUUGGAGGUGAGACAAGGGAAAUUGAAGACAAGAGAGGAGCAAUUGGAGAAGAUGAGAGAGGAGCAAUUGGCGACUCGAUGUAAUGUGGAGAAAGUGUUUCAGUUGAGGGAGAAGGAAAUGGAGGAGCGGGAAGAAGGGCUGAAUUUGAAGGAGAGGCGAAUUCAAGAGCAGAUUGAGGAGUUGGAAGUGAAGGAGAGGAAGGUGGAUGAGGGGUUUUUGGCUUGUCGGAAGCAAAUGAAGUUGAAGAAGGAUGAAUUGAUUGAGAAGCGGCGAGAGUUGGUGUUAGUAGAGAAGAAGUUGAAUGAGCAAUGUGGUGAAUUGCAGUUGAAAGCUGGGGAAUUGUUGGAGGAGCGUAAAGUGUUGGAGUUGAAGGGGGAUGAAUUGGCGGAGAUGUGUAAAAGGGUGGACUUAAUGAAGAAAGAUGUUGAGGAAAUGAAUGACAGGUAUGGAGCUGUUGAAUUGAAAGAAAAUGAAUUGAGUGAAGUUCUCCUGUUGUUGGAAUCAAAAGAGAAAGAGUUGAAUGUGCGUCGAGAAAAGCUGGAGUCGACAGAGAAAGAUGUUGAUGAGUGUUUCAUGGCAGUGACCUUGAAAGAAAAGGAAUUAAAUGAAAGUGUCCGAGCAUUGGAGUUGAAAGAAAAAGAAACAAAUGAGAUGCGUAAAGAGCUUGAUUUUAGAAAGAAGGCAGUAAAACAAAAAGAAAAGGAAAUGAAUGACAGGUUUGCAGAAAUGGAGCUGCAAGAAAAACUAAUCACUGAGAAUCGACAAGGGUUGGUGUUGAUAGAGAAGGAAGUUAAUGAACGUUUCCGAGCUGUAGAAUUGAAAGAAAAGAAAACGAGUGAUUCUCUUGAAGGAUUGGAGCUGAAAGAGAAAGAAAUCAAUGAGAGUUAUGAAAGGCUGGAGUUGGUAAAGCAGGAACUCUAUGAGCGGUUUCGAGGUUUAGAAUUGAAAGAAAAGGAAACGAGUGAAGCUCUGGAGUUGAGUAAGAAGCAACUGAAAGCGCAAUGUACAAGUCUAGAAUUAAAAGAGAAAGAGAUUAAUGGCUAUUUCAAUGCAGUGAAAUUGGGAGAGAAGCAAAUGAAUGACAGUGUUAAAGCUCUUGAGCUGAAAGUAAAGCAGUUAGAGGACUGUUGCAAGGGGAUUGAGCUGAAAUAUGCCCAAGCUGCGGAAUUGAGAGAGACUCAACUGAAUGAAGGUCUUGUAGCUGUAGAAAUGAAAGCAAAGGAAUUAGAAGAGUGUUGUAAAAUGAUGAACUUGAAGGAGAAGGAACUGAAAGAGUGUUCCCAAGAGGUGAACACAAAAGAGAAGCAAAUUAAUGAGCAGUGCCAAGCUUUGGAGUUGAAAGGGAAGCACAUUGAUGAGCGUCACCGGAAUUUGGAGUUGAAAGAGAAGCAAAUUGAUAAGCGUUUCCAAAGUUUGGAGUUGAAAGAGAAACAGAUGAGUGAGCAUUGCAGGGAUAUUGAGCUGAAAGAGAAGCAACUGAAUGAUGGACUCCAAGCUCUUGAACCAAAACAGAAGCACAUAGAAAAGCGUUACGAAAGAUUGGAGUUGAAGGAAAAACAGAUGAGUGAGCAGUAUAGGGUGGUUGAGCUGAAAGAGAAGCAACUAAAUGAGGGCCUUCAAGCUCUUGAACCGAAAGAGAAGCACAUGGAUAAACGUUGCCAGAAUUUGGAGUUGAAGGAAAUACAGGUCAAUGAGCAGUCUAAGGUGGUUGAGUUUAAAGAGAAGCAAUUGAAUGAGGCCCUUCAAGCUCUUGAAUUGAUAGAGAAACAAAUAGCUGAGAAAUACAGAGACAUAGAGCUGAAGGAGGAGGAAAUCAAUGAUCGUCAUGAAGCGAUGGAGGUGAAAGAGAAGCAGAUAAGAAGGCGCCACAUAGUAUUGGAUUUGAGAGAACAGCAAAUCAGUGAGAUUUGCCAACAAUGCCAAGUGCAGAAAUCUGAAGAUAAACCAAUCAGUGAGAGUUUUACAUCUGCUGAGUUAAAAGAGAAGCAAAUGAAUCAGAGUAGAGAGGUGGUUGAUUUCAAAGGGAAGCAAUCAAGUGGCACUAGUAUUGGUCUGGCCAGAGCAAAGAAUGGGGACUCCACUUGGGAAGAAGUUGAAACUAAAGAGCCUCUAGCAGGGAUUUUCUUAGUAACAAGUUCAGUUGCUUCAUCCUCCAUUAGGUUGGUUGAUGACAUACAAUUGCUAUGCAAAAAUAUGGACAUCAAAGGUGUAAGAUCAUAUUUAAUUCUGCAUGUGAAGGAGUAUGAUAUCUUGGAGGAUAAGAUUUUGGAUUCUCUUCGGCUAGCAUCAGAUCCAGCAAAGCUUGUUCUAGAUGUUAUUCGAAGUUUUUAUGAGUUGGAAUUGGAAGAAGUUCCAGUUAAAUAUUUUACCGCUGGCUGCAUAUAUUUGUUAGUACAGUUAAUGAAACUAAGUGCUGAUAUUCCCUCUCGUGUGAAAGAUGAAGCCAGAGAAUUUGCUGACAUUUGGAAGUUAAUGCUGAAGAAGGAUAAUAUUCCUUUGGAGAAUUUUGGCUUCUUGCAGUUUUUAGCCUCAUACAAGCUAGCAGAGUUCUACCAUGCUGAUGAUCUUCUUUCACUUUUUGUAACCAUUUUUGAUGAGAGAGAGGCUUAUCAGCCUGAGAAAAAUCCACAUUUGUGUGAUGCAUUGGGACUGACAAUGAAUAUUCCAGAUCUUGUCCAAUCUCUGAAUUUGAGAGGUAAACAGCUGCAAGCAGUCAGGUACAUAUGUGCGCUUAAGAUGGAAGAUGCCUUCCCAAUAGUUUCACUAUUGAGAACACAUUUGGCGAACAUCCAGAAGCAAGUUGAGGAGAUAAUCGAUAGAGGCUGCAGAACAGCUCAGGAUGAUGCUGCCGAUAUGGAAUUAACUGCCCUAAAAGAAGCUGUUAAAUGUAUUUCCUACUUCAAGCUCGAGUCCCGUUAUUCUCCUGUUUCCCUUGAAAUUCGCAUCAAGGAGUUGGAAAAGGAGAGAAAAGAAAGAAAGAGCAGUGCACAUUCGUUUGCAUUAAAGAAGUGUUCAGACUUGGAAAAGACAGGAAUAGAGGAGAUGGCAGAAACAAGUAAUACUCCAGAUCUGUCAUUUGACACCCAUUCUGAGAAGAAACGCCCUGCAAAAUCUGUAGAGUGUCCUAAACUAGAAAAGCGUCCUAGGGAAGUUGCUCAUCAUGGGUUAAACUCUCAUUCUCCUAGAAUUAUAGGACCUCCCGCACACAUCAGGCCUUGUGGACCUCCCGCACACAUCAGGCCCUAUGGACCUCCUGAUAUUUGGCCUAUUCCUAGGUACCACAAUGGUGCGGUUGCUGGUGUUCCAUAUAAUGUAAGGACAGGUGAGUUUGGAGUUGCGGGAAUGUACCCUGUUACUGUUAGUGUUGGUGCACCAACAUCGGCUUAUAAUGCUAGGACGUGGACGUCAGGCUCAGAGAACAUUACGAGGCUGUGAUUCUAUUACAGUAGAAGCUAAUUUAACCGGAGCUAAGUUUAUGUAGUGGUUUGUGCAUAGAAAUCUGAUCUUGCUAACAAUUAGCGUAACUAGUUGCACUUGUAAAAGCGGCAGUGGUUUAAGUACUUCGAAUGUCUAGUCGUACCCAGUCAACCGUGUGAAGAGACUGGGUGUUUAAUAGUUUAGGUAACAUAACAUCCUGCAAAUGAUAAGUGUAAAUAUCAGUAGUAAUUGAAGUUAGUCGGGCAGGCAUCACAAAAAUUCAGACUUGUAUCUUCUUCUUUUCUUUUGCUUAUUGUCAUUUAUCUUUGAUUCCAUGCUA